AUGACGCUUAAAACUUUGUUCGUUGUAGUGCUGUUGGUUGGCAGCAGUUUGGCCAGCUGGAAGGAAGAUCUGUAUCUGACGAAGCGUCGCCUUCCACGCGGACUAGUGCUGCCGAUUGCACCUUCCACUAAUGAACGAAUUGUCGGUGGAUUCGAGGCAAACAUUGCCGACUUUCCGUAUCAGCUGUCGCUGCGUCAGAAUGGUGCCCAUAUUUGCGGUGCGUCAGUAAUUUCGAGCAACUUUGCCCUGUCGGCUGCCCAUUGUACGUUCCCGGCUCCACCAGUAACGGCGAUCACUCUUCGUGGUGGAAGUACUGAUCGUACGGCCGGAGGUGUCGUAUUCCAAGCCGCAGAAAUCAUCAACCAUCCGUCGUACUCGGACGGCAGCCUCGACUUUGAUGUGUGUGUCAUCCGCAUCACGACGUCGUUCGUUGGUGCGAACAUUGCUCCGAUUCCACUAGCACCCGAGGGCACUGACUAUCCGGAGGGUACACGUACCUUCGUUUCUGGAUGGGGAUUGACCAGCGCCAUCGGUGCAUUGCCGAUAAAUUUGAUGGCUGCCGAGGUACCCCUUAUCUCGCAGGAAAGUUGUCGCGGCGUGUGGGGCGCAGCCAGUGUUACCGAUAACAUGAUUUGUGCUAGCGAACCGGGACGUGAUGCUUGUAACGGGGACAGUGGUGGCCCGCUGACCAAUAACGGACGUCAGAUCGGUAUCGUUUCCUGGGGAUCGCCCCUCUGCUUGGGCAACCUUCCGGGAGUGUAUGCUCGCGUGGCCGCCCCAAGCGUUCGUGGUUUUAUUCGUGACAGUGCAAACGUGUAA